CCCGCACACAAUUGACGGCAACGGCUAGUCUCGACAACGGCAUUUCCUCGCCUUCCAAUGCGCACGCAGAAUGUCGGUGGUUCCUGUCAACGAAGGCAAGCUUGUGGGAGGCUUGACGGAAGAUCAUUUGCGACAUCGACACGCAAUGAAUGACGAUCAUGACCGUACCAAGGCAACCGAAGGACCCGUGCCGUAUGGGUUUAAAGUCAACGACAUUGGCAUUGACGACAAGUUAACGUCGACCGAGCUCGAAAUGCAGCCACUGCAUUUAAAGGAAAGUGAUGGAAACUUGGAAGAGGAUGAACGAAUACUGUAUCCGAUCACCGUCGGUACUACUAGUAUGUACGAGGGCUGGAGAAAAACCUUGGACGAUUUUCUCUUUCCUCCACAUCUACCCAGAAGUUGUCAAUUACUGCGACCGGAAAAUAUUGCCGUGCCAGCGUGCUACCUGCUAGUGGGGCUUCUGCAAGGUCUUUCUUCACCACUGAUUAAUGUGUUUCCGCUGGAUCUGGGUGCCACAGAAGCUCAGCAGACGACAAUUUCGUCGAUCCGAUCUCUACCCGCAUCCUUCAAGCUCGUCUUUGGGUUUAUGAGCGACAAUAUCCCUAUCGCAGGUUACCGAAGAAAACCGUACAUGCUGAUGGGAUGGCUUCUGGCUAGUCUAUCACUUUUUUCGCUCAUUCUUGGUUCCAAUCUGAACAUUACCCCCCGCAAUGCCGGUUGCUUCGAGUCCCAAGCCAGCGACAGCGAUUCGCCGACGACACUGCCAGCGGACGCACCUUCUAUACCCUUUUUCUCCGUCGCCCUCUUGGCCUUCGGCACCGGCUUUUGGCUCGCCGAUGUCAUGGGUGACAGCAUUGUCGCCGAAAAAGCCAAACUGGAACCACCGGAAAGCCGCGGAUCCGUACAGUCCAGCUGCUACUCGUACCGAUUUUUCGGAAUCAUGGUGGCGGCGCCCUUGUCCACGUACCUGUACGCCACGUACGGGCCCCGGGCGGUGCUCCUGCUCCUCGCCACACUGCCCUUGUGUAUCUUGCCUUUGGUCUACCUGCUCUUUGAAGUGGAGAACGCUCCGGUCAGCUCGACGGCCGACCAGUGUCGUGAAAUUUGGCGGACCGUCUGCAGUCGAGCUGUUUGGCAGCCCAUGGGAUUCGUUUACGUGUACAAUCUUAUGCAAGUGAGCAACGCUGCGUGGCGAGAGUUUCUCGUCACCUCCUUGCGGUUCACAUCGUGUCAACUCAAUCUGAUCCUCAUUGUGGCCUACGUGCUGUUGUACCUUGGGAUUCUGGCCUACAAGUACUACAUGAUGGACUGGUCCUGGCGCAAAGUCUACUUCGUUACCACUCUACUGAACGGAUUCUUCAGUCUACUCCAAGUCUUGUUGAUUUACAACAUUACCUUGGGUUUGUCCAGUUUUUGGUUCGCCCUCGGCGACGACGCCUUUGCCGAAUUUAUUGGUGGCAUUCAGUUCUUACCGACCACGAUUAUGAUGGUCCAUCUCUGCCCCACCGGCAGCGAGGGUGCUUCGUACGCCAUGUUUACGACCGUCAACAAUAGCGCUCUGACCUUGUCCAGUGCCAUUUCCACCCAACUGUUGCGCAUUUGGGACGUGUCCCGCACGGCCUUGGCGGCGGGGGACUUGUCCGGCAUGGUCCGACUGACCUACCUCACGACCGUGGUCCAAGUGGCAGCGAUUGCCUUUGUUUCGUGGCUACCCCACACCAAGGAGGAUCUGGUGCAAUUGAACGAGCAGUCGUCCCGGAGUCGCGUGGGGGGUACCGUAUUUUUGGUGGUCACGUUCGGCUCGAUUCUGUACGCCGUGGGAGUGGGUCUGUUGAACAUUGUGGCACCAGGAUGGAUGGGAGAAUCGUAA